UCUUCUUCUUUCUCUCAGUUCAGUCCCACCAACCAUUUUGUGGUCUGAACUCCUUUCACAAUAACUUCGCUCGUAAACCCCAGGCACCGAACGAGACUCUGAUUCUCAGUACUGAACUCACUGAACGAAAGACGAAAACUUUAUCAAGCUGCCUCCUUUGUCUUCUCUCUGAAUAAACCCCUCUAAAGGUGAGGCCUUUUUUGAGUAAAGGUGAUUGCAUGUUGUGUUAGAUGGUGGCAAUGCAGUUGCAAAGAGAUAUUGAAUUUCCCAAGAGGUUCAAUCUUUCUCCUUCAAUGAAAUCCUCAUUGAAGAGAAAUGUUGCUGUGUUUGCUGCUGGUUUUAAGGAAAAAUUCAAAAAUUUGCAGACACAGGUUGUUGAGCAGUCUGGAGAUUCUCGGAAUCUUGAUGACAGAGCUGAUUUGAGAUCAGCGCUGAGUAAAUUUAGCAAUUUAAAUCUUGAUGAGGGUAUGCAUCUUGUGGAAGAUAAUGAGAGGGAUGAUAAGAUAAUCAAAAUAAUUCUGCAGAUUAAGGAUCUUGAGAAAUAUAUCGAGGAGCAAAAAGAUUGGGCUCAUAAGUCAGUAAUAGGAGCAGCAAGAAAGCUAAGCAAUGAUCUGACUGAGCUCAAAAUGUUACGGAUGGAAAGAGAGGAGACUCUGAAAUCGAAGAGAGGGAAACCAACUCUUGAUGACUCAACCAUGAAGAGACUCUCAGAGAUGGAGGAUGCCUUAAGAAGGGCUAGUGGACAAGCAGACCGUGCAAAUGCAAACGUGAGAAGAAUAGAGUUAGAGAAUGCAGAAAUCAAAGCAGAGAUUGAGGCUUCCAAAUUAAGUGCAUCAGAGUCAGUGGAUGCUUGUAAAGAAGUUGAGAAAAGGGAGAAAAAAUUCUUAAAGAAACUUAAAGCAUGGGAAAAGCAGAAAGCUAAAUUAGAGCAGGAGAUUUCUGAUGAAAGAGAAAAGGUAUUGAAGACACAAGAAGAAUUGGCUCAGAUUAAGCAGUCUCGAGAAGAAGCUAAGGUCAAGUGGAAGGAAGAGUUGAACGCCAAAGAGGAAGCCCUAGCACUAGUUGAGGAGGAACGCCAAGCUAAGGAAACUGCUGAGUCUGAAAAUAAGAGGAAGCUUGAGGCUUUGCGCGUGAAGAUAGAGAUAGAUUUCCAGCGCCACAAGGAUGAUCUAUCAAGACUUGAGGAGGAGAUUUCGCGCCUUAAAGCAUCUGCUCAGUCUGCUGAGUCAUCAUCUAUAACUAACUCCGAGGAUGCAAUGCCCCAAUGGGAGACAGCAAUUGCUAAUCUGCUUCAAGAAUUAGAUGAUAUGGAGGAUCAUUCGGAGAAAGAAGUGAAGAGCAACAGAGAAUGCAUUAUGUGCAUGAAAGAUAGAGUCUCCAUUGUUUUCUUGCCGUGUGCUCACCAAGUUAUGUGUGCUAGUUGCAGUGCUGAGCAUGGAAGAAAGGGUAAGACUGCUUGUCCUUACUGCCGGGUUCAAAUCCAACAGAGAAUCCGUGUGUUUGGCAUAGGCUCGUAGCCUAUUUUAAAGUUAUGUUUCAAUAGGACCUUGGCAAGUAUGCGCCAUGAAUUUUUGAAUAACUUUGCACUUAAUCAUUGGUGCUUCUUGUCUCUAAUAUCCAUGCAUGCUUUUGAGUCGUGAACAUUGAGGCGUGAAACAUAGUCAUGAACUAUUGUUAUUAUGUUGUUACAAAUAAAGUCCUGGCAUUAGCUUGUCUCUUGGAAGGUAUGAACCUUUAUUG